AUGCCCCUUACUUCCGCCCACAUUGAUUGGGCUACACUUGUGAGCGCAGACCCUGACAAACACAAUGUUUACUCCCAGAACAUCGAAGUCUGCGGAUACAUUACAUCACAGCGUGCGGGACGACAGGUCAACUUUCUACAGCUGGUAGACCCUGCACUCAAGCUAGCCAUCCAGGUGGUUGCGACUACACCAGCCUCUGAACCCAACGAUGUCACGAUCGCUGCCACGUCUGGGCAAGCGGAGAUUGCUGAAGCCGAGGAAUCUGUAUCUUUCAUGGAUGCCAUCAAGAACAUCAAGGCGCAUACCCCUGUAAUUGUCAAGGGCAAGGCUAAGAAACGACAUGUUCCUCCGAAGAGUAUCGCGCCGAAGAACACUUUGGAAACACAGGCAGACAAAAAUCAGUCUAAGGAAGCUGCAAAGCCGAAAGCAAGCCCGAAACAACCCCCGAAUACAGUCAAGGCAUUUGAUCCAUUCGUUGGGGAUGUCAACCUCAUUUCCCACAUCGAGAUUCAGGAAGUUGUGUCUAUCCGGCCGCUGAAUCAGUUUCCGCGAGAUCUUAUUGCCACAACAGAGACUGUGUUUCCACCUGAACAGCGGCACCUACAGUUUCGAACCGAUCAAGGGCUUCGUCACCGUCUACAACGCCGUACACAAGUUGCCAAUCUUUGCCGACAGCAUCUUACAAGUGUUUCGUUCCAGGAGGUUGAGACUCCUCUCUUGUUCAAGUCUACUCCCGAAGGAGCGAGAGAAUUCAUAGUGCCCACACGAAAAGCCGGGUUUGCGUAUGCACUACCGCAAAGUCCUCAACAAUACAAGCAGGUGUUGAUGGCAUCGGGCUUAUCACGCUACUUCCAAUUUGCCAAAUGCUUUCGCGAUGAAGAUCUGAGGGCCGAUAGACAACCCGAAUUUACCCAGCUUGAUCUCGAAAUGUCAUUUGCAACUAGAGUAGAAGUCAUGAGCCAUGUUCAACGAAUGUUGAAACAUGUGUGGCAAAAUCUUGGGUUGAGUUACUCUUUCGUCCGGAGGCCGUUGGCCUAUUCACAAGCAAUGUCUACUUAUGGCUCCGAUAAGCCGGAUAUUCGGUUCGAUUCCCAUAUCCGCCGGGUUACUGACUGGUUUGCACCUCCCGUCGUCGCCAGACUAUCGUCUCUCGAUAAUCCUGAUGUUCAGAUGAUGAAAAUUGAUAUGCAAGGCACCAGUCCCGACAAAAGCAGUUCUUUUGUCCGAAGCUUUAUGGAUAGCCCCACUUCUUCCGCGUAUAUAAACAACCCAGCUGGCAUGCCGGGUAUCGCGAUCUAUGACCCCAGCAAACCAUUACGAGGCCUAGCCAGCUUUGAGCACGAAGGAGCUGCGAAAAUUGAGGAGGCAUUCAAACCUGAGCUUGGUGACAUUCUUAUUGCUCAGACUCGCCGCCGUGGCCGCUAUUCCGGUGGAUCGACUGUCCUUGGAAACAUCCGUCGCGAUAUACAUGCAGCUGCUAUCAAAGAAGGUCUCGUCAAAGUGCAGGACCGACUCGCAGCUCUUUGGGUAGUGGAUUUUCCCCUGUUUUCACCUCUUGAGGAAGCUGAGCCAGGUCAAGGCGGUAUGGCAGGGUUUUGUUCCACUCAUCAUCCAUUUACCGCCCCAAAGCAAGGGCAGGACCUCUCAAAGCUCAUCACUAGUCCACUUUCUGUCAUUGGAGACCACUACGAUUUGGUCGUCAAUGGCGUGGAGGUGGGUGGUGGAUCCCGCCGAAUUCAUACUGCCGAUAUGCAAGAACUGGUUUUCCGGGAUGUGCUGCAGAUGAAACAGGAGCGCAUUGAGCACUUUAGGCAUCUCCUCACUGCCCUCGAUAGUGGAUGCCCUCCACAUGCCGGAUUUGCUCUCGGCUUCGAUCGGCUUAUAGCCCUAAUGACAGGUCGGCAUAGCGUUCGAGAUGUGAUUGCGUUCCCAAAAUCAGCUGAUGGCGAAGAUAAAUUUGUAGGUUCGCCAUCACCACUGACACAUGAACAACUGGCGACUUAUCAUCUCAAAAGACUUGAGACUGUGUCGAGGGACCUCAAAAGCGCCGAGACAAACGGAGAGGCUUCUUCCAUGCCCAUCUCCAUUACAGCUUAA